AUGCCGACAAGCGCAGAGGAUCCGACCGGGCAGAUGGUUGCAAGUCAAGAAUGCGCCCAUAAGGCUUGCGUAGAGAAUACGGAGUCGAAGCCUGUCCCGCCCCCCGCAUCAACAGGAAUGGAAGAUCGCAACGAACCGGCGGCUAUGGACGGAGAGGGUGACUCCAUCAACCAGGGAGCACAGUCUCCGCAGUCUCCAGUGUCUCGCCUUUCGUGGCAAGAUACCGGCUCGAGCGCGUCGUUCACCUCAUCAUUGUUGCAGGAGGAUGCAAAGGCACAUUGGGACGCAGAACUCGAGCUACGAUCGGUUUCAAGAAACCUCCUACGCCUGCAGAAGUGGGGUCUAAUCAUUGGCCUGGUCUGCCUCAACGCAACACUCAUUUAUGUCGCGUGGGCGUUCUGGCAGGUAUACUACCUCUUCAUCGUGCUCUUGAGCGCGAACACCGCCAUGCAGGCUUUCAUGAUACUCGGAAUCAUUCUUCACUUUCUUGCGACAAAUCUACUCAGGUGUGGCUGUGGCUGGCCUCGCAAAGAAAUUAUUCCGGAUGCGCCAGAGAAGAUGGUGUUGCUGUUGCCCUGCUACAAUGAAACAAAGCUGGAAUUGACUCGGUCGCUCGACUCCCUCGUUGCUCAGAAAGACAUCGAUCAACACCAUCGCGUAAUUUUUAUCGUCGUUGAUGGAAACGCCCGCGGUCCGGGUAUGGAAAAGACAACGCAGGAAUAUCUACUACAAGAUAUCCUUGGCCCAGGGCGUUCUCGAUACUUUAUCAACGGCUACCGUGCACGAGAUGGCUUAUUCAUGCCGGUUCGUGUUCAGAGCGGGUACUACAAGGGCCUCCCAUACGUCUUCGUCGGCAAGACCUACAACCAGGGCAAGCGAGACAGCCUCUGCUUUGCCCGCUCGUUCCUCUAUCAUUUUAAACAACGCUCCGAAAACGUCGUCACGAUGUUCAACAAUGGCCUGUUCGAAUACAUCGGGAAUAUCUUCAUUCAACACAACCUUGAUAAUGUCGAUUUUCUUGUUGGGAUGGAUGCCGACACUGUCUUUGACGAAUAUUGCGUCAUCGAAAUGCUGCACGAGAUACGGAAAAACCCAAAACUUGUUGGAAUCUGUGGUCACGUAUGUGUUGACUACGACGGGAAGAACUUUGGACUGUGGUCGCUGUAUCAAGGAGUCGAAUAUUCCCAGACCCAAGGCCUCCGCCGCCUGUUCCAGUCCCGUAUUACGGGGAAAGUCAAUUGCCUUCCUGGAUGUUGCCAACUUAUUCGCGUUGGGGAGGCCACGUUUGGCGACGCGGUCCUUCGCGAGCGGUUCGCUUAUUACCCGAAGCCAAACGAUAUCAUGACGCAACAUAUCAUGAGCAACUACUCCGAGGACAGUAUUCACACUUCCAUUGUCUUCAGCCUGUUCCCAAAGAAGCAGACUGCUCAAGCGCUGCGAGCCAAGGCCUUUACCAUUGUACCCCAGACCUGGAAAGUCUUCCUCUCACAACGCAAGCGGUGGGCUCUGGGAAGCAUCUCAAACGAAUUUGUGAUGAUAUUCCGACCUGGCAUCAUCCUUAUAGAGAGGAUGCAAAGCUUCAUCGCUGUAUUUACCUGGGCUAUUACGCCAUUCAUUAUCGCAGCUCUUGCCGAGCUUCUUAUGCUUCUUGUCAAGCGUGAUAUGUGA